AUGCCUUUCAAUCUCGUCUGUCCUUCCUCCCGCGGUCUCUCCCUAGCACUGAGCCGUCGUCUCCUUCAGACCUCCCCUUAUCCUCUGGUUGCUACUGCAAGGAAAGAUACCGAUGCUGUUAAAUCAAGCAUCCUAGAAGGAUUGGAUGUUGACGAGAAUCGUGUCACUGUAUUGAAAGUCGAUGUUACUGACGAAUCAUUACUAUCCGAUGCUGCAUCCGAGAUUUCGAAAAGGUUCCCCGAAGACCACAUUCAAUAUGCCUUCUCAACAUGUGGAAUACUACACCCAGAACGCUCCCCAGCCGAUUUGAAAAAAGAACUUAUCAUGGAAACACUAUAUACGAACAUACUAGGACCGCUCCUAGUCCUUAAGCACUUCUCCCCUUUCCUCCCUACAAAGAAAACGUCCUCUGGUUCGGAUGCUCCUUCGGUUUGGUCAAACAUGGCUGCCCGGGUUGGAUCUACAGCCGACAAUCGUUUGGGCGGUUGGUAUUCCUACCGCGCUACCAAGGCGGGUGUGAAUUCAAUCACAAAAACGUUUGACAUACACCUUUCGCGUGUGUCAGGGGACAAGGCAUUCUGUGUCAGUUUGCAUCCAGGAACGGUGAAGACAGAACUGAGCAGAGAAUUCUGGGGAAGUGUGAAUAAUGACAAGUUGUUUUCUCCGGAGAGAGCAGCAGAGAGGCUGGUGGGUGUUGUGUCAGGACUAAAGCUAGAUCAGAGGGGUUUGUUUUGGGACUGGGAAGGAAAGAAAAUCGAAUGGUAA